AAGAUGGCGCAGUCACAUGAAGUGUCUAGUAUUCGAGACAUGGAAAGGUUGGAUAGGCGUUUCAUUGCUAUAGUUUUUAUUCUGUGAUUAAACGUUGAAUCGAAAGAUUUUCUCUGCUUCAAUGUUUUGAUUUUUCAUUUUCAUUAUGGCAUCAUUUAGCUCAAACAUACCUCCAAAUGGAAUUGUGCUUCCUGAAAAAGAAGAAGUUUUCAACGAAUAUUAUUCUGAGGUAAAAGAAAUUGAAAAGCGUGACUCUGUUCUGACACCAAAACAACAGAUUGACAGACUGCUUCGACCAGGUUCAACAUAUUUCAACUUAAAUCCAUACGAAGUGCUGCAAAUUGAACCUGAUACCUCCUUAGAAGACGCAAAGAAGAAGUACAAACGACUAUCAAUUCUGGUGCAUCCUGAUAAAAAUCCUGAUGAUCCUGAGAGAGCACAGCAAGCUUUUGAAAUCAUAAGUAAAGCAUGGAAAACAUUAGAAAAUGAUGAUACAAGGAAAAAAUGCUUGGAUGUAAUAGAAGAAGCGAAAGCUCGGACAGACCAUAUGAUUUUAGAAAAACGAAAACGACAGAAGAAGGAAGGCAAAGAUGGGCAAGUAGAGGAGGACGACCCGGCGUACAAGCACGCUGUCUAUGUGAUGACCAUGAAGCUAUUCGCCGACAUGGAGAGGAGAAGGAGGGAGUUGGAUGUCAGAGAUGCCGAAGAGAGAAAACGAAAACGCGAACAAGAAAUAGAAGAGGAAGAGAAGGCUUCACUAGAAAAAGAGUGGCAGAAAAAUUUUGAGGAAUCUCGGCAAAACCGAGUCGAUAGUUGGAAAGCGUUCCAGUCGGGAUCAGGCUCGAAAAAGGUGAAAACGAAGAAAAUGAAGGGUUUCAAGCCGCCCAAACACAAGGCCGAAUCCAGAUAACCAGUGUAGACAUUGUGCUCUCUCAAUCAAAACAUUAUCGUUUGUUUCCAACCAUCAAUGAGACACUAAAAAUAGUUAUCAUUUAUGGAAACAUCUUAGUAAUUCAGUAACUGGAAUUCUAGUUGUGUGUUCAAAAAAUGUAAAUAGUUUCCUAUUUGAAUUAAUAACUUUUGUAUAAACAUUUACGAGUAUAUCUAAACAGUACUUCCAUACAUUUUUCCGACAGUCUGUGUUUGUGAAUGAUAUUUUAUCAAAUGCUAUCAACUGUAGGGUUAUCAACAUUUUUCAGAAAUUACUUCCAGACUCUUUCAGUUUAUUUAAAACGAGAAUAAUGUUUUAUUCGCGUUUUUUAAUAAAACAGAACCAUUACAAGUAAUAUUUGAAAAAUACCUUUGAUUUCUUAUAAGUGUCAUAUUAAAGGUGUCGCAUAUUUCUAUAUGCCCUCCUUUUGAGGCUCAGACUGUUCGCAAGAUGUCUUUUCGGACUGUAGCUACUGAAUCAGUUAUCCUAGUUUUUAGCUCCUCAAUAGCAAGUGCUAAGAGAUCUUUAACGUAUAUCCCCACAGGAAAAAAUCACAGGGUGUUUAGGGGACCUUGGAGGCCAGUAAUGCAUAGCCAAGUCUUGCGGUCCUGUGCACCCUAUCCAAGAACGUUGAGGCAAGUUGAGGAAAUGGCGUACAUCCAUGUGCCAGUGUGAUGGUGCUCCAUCUUGUUGAAAGAUAAAGUUGUCCGAGUCAGCAAUUAGUUGAGGAAAGAGCCAAUUUCGUAUCAUCGCCAGAUAAGAUGCACCAUUCACUGUGUUUUCCUCAAAAAGAAGGGCCCAUACACCUUAGUUUGUGAAACUGCACAAAAAACGUUCACUUUAGUCGAAUCUCGUUUAUGCUCCACUGUUUCAUGGAGUUUUCAGUUUCCUCUUAUACGAACAUUAUGACGAUUAACUUUACCGCUUACAUGAAAUGUUGACUCAUCGCUGAAUAUCAACCGCUGAAAAAAGUUAUGUCUUCUCGGAUAUCAUUACAAAAGUCGACGUGUCUGCUUCUGUCACCAGCACGAAGCGCUUGUACGAGUUGCAGUCGGUAUGGUCGUAAGGCCAAACGCCGCCUUAACACACGCCACACAGUAGUGUCAGCUACUCCAAGUUCUCGGUUUGGACUCCAUGUUGAUGUUUGCGGGCUCCGUUGGAACUUCUCCCGAAUUUGUUGCACUAUGUCUUCAAAUGUGCGUGGUCGACCGGCACUUUUCCCCUUGUACAAACACCCAGUAUCUAAAAACUGUUUAUACCACUGUUUAAUGUUCUUUGGUAGAGCGGGUUCAGCACCAUAACGAAUCCGAUAUGCUCGUUGAACGGUUAUAACUGAUUCAGUUUUGCUAAACUGAAGAACGCUGAAAGCCUUUUGUUGAGAAGAUGCCGUAUUGUAUUAGACUGACCACGCUCAAAGUCAGUGCUCGGGCCUCGGGGAGACAUCUAGUGACGCUUUUUCAAAACUUUAUGCAUUAAUAAUAAAACAAAGUCAACAAUUGAAAAUAUUGUAAGUUACACAGUAAAAUCAACUGAAUGAAGUGUUGUGGCAGACCGGGAGGAGAAAAUAAUUGGAAAACUAUGUUUACAAGUUUGUGAAACCUCUUCUUUUACCAGGCUUGUAAAAAGGUUGAUUGACAAAUUGGUAAAGUUUAACACAUCUCUCUGGUCACUAGGUUAGAAUUGCCAAUUCAAACUACAAAAUUACCCGAUGCAGGUAUGGAUUUACAAGAAACCAAAUGAACAAUACGUUCAAGUCUUAAGUCAAGAACAUUUUAUCUCAUUAAAUAAUAUUUGAAGCAGGACGUUCAUUUGUUUAUCCUGUCAAAGCGGGACAUAAUAACGUCCCCCGAGUAAAUGUGGGGACAGCGGGACACUAACCUAAAAACCGGGACUGACCCGCCGAAAGCGGGACGGAUGGUCACUUCAGCCUAGACCAAUAUUUAUUCAAUAAAUUUAUUCAAUUCUAAAUUGGGUCAUUCUUUUUGUUAUGAUAAUGUUAUGAAAUGUAAUGCUUUUUUUAGAUUCAUCAACAUUGAAUUUUAUUUUCACUCAUAAUUAUAGUAUUACAGCUAGAUGAUUCUGAAUUGUAUGUGUUCUUGGUACCUUGAAACACUCAAUACCUAUAUAAUAUAAUGAUAAUUAUGUAGGUAUUAUGUGGAGACCAAUUUUCAAUUAUUCAUUUUUUAUUAUAAUUUAUUGUAUUAUAAAAAUUUCUUUUAAAUCGUAAAUUAUCAAAGUAAUAAUAAUUAAUGUGUUAUAAUUAGUUCAUUAAGACUUACCGCUUCAUUUUUUACACCGUAGUGAGAAAUAAUGUUUAUUUUCAAGUUUCUUGGAAAAUAAAUACAUUAUGAAAAAUGAAAUAAAUUUUAUUGAAUAAAAGAUCAUUCUAAAUAAUUAUAAACUAAUGUGCUAAAACUCUUAGUUCGCCUUCAGUUAUUAUUAUAUAUAUAUGCAUAUGCACUCAUAGGCCAAUACAAAAAUUAAAAACAUUGAAAGAGUCAAUAACUUAUGUGGCCUAUGUAGCCGGAAGACAUUGCUGUGUCCGGCCUGAAAAUUUUAAUUUUUAGUUAUUAUUAAUGAAAAUAUCUCAAUCUAUAUACAGGGUGAUUCAUAAUUAUGGUAAAAUAUUUUAAUACGUGAUAGUAGAGUUAAAAAUGA